CUAUUGUUAAUUGUAUUUUGAUUUAAGUCUAUAGAUAUUUCAUUUAUAAUAUUAUUCUUUAAUAUUUUGUAAUCUUUAAUUUUUUAUAAAUUAGUAAUUGCAAGUAUCCAAUAUCUAUUAUUUUCUUAUUCAUUCUAGUUAUCUAGAAUCUGGAUUGUAAUUUAUCCUUUUGGCAUUUGAAAUGGCAGCUAUGGAAAAUCAUUUAUUUAAUUUGAAGUUUGCAGUUAAAGAAUUAGAAAGAAACUCUAAAAAAUGCGAAAAAGAAGAAAAGGCUGAAAAAUUAAAAACAAAGAAAGCCAUACAAAAGGGAAAUAUGGAGGUUGCUCGUAUUCAUGCUGAAAAUGCUAUAAGACAGAAAAGUCAAUCACUUAAUUAUUUACGUAUGAGUGCUAGAGUAGAUGCAGUUGCUUCAAGAGUUCAAGGUGCUCUUACCACCAGAAAGGUAACCCAAAGUAUGGGAGGUGUUGUAAAAGCAAUGGAUGCAGCGAUGAAAUCAAUGAAUCUUGAAAAGAUUUCUUCAUUGAUGGAUAAAUUUGAGAAUCAAUUUGAAGAUUUAGAUGUGCAAAGUUCUUAUAUGGAUAAUACCAUGUCUCAAAGCACUACUACUGCUGUGCCUCAAGGGGACGUUGAAAAUUUGUUGCAGCAAGUUGCUGAUGAAGCUGGGUUGGAACUAAAAUUAGAACUCCCUACCAAUCCUCAAAGUCUCAGUUCGCUAUCUUCUACUACAACAGAACAAGACGAGCUUACACAACGCUUAGCUCGUCUUAGACAAGCUGAAUAAUAGAAAAAAAACUCGCUGGCAAACAACUAUAAUCUUAACUCAAAUUAUAAAUAUUUUGAUUGAUAGCUUAACACCUUAAGUCAAACUGUUAUAGAACUUGUUAAAAGUUCUCAUAUAAUUUUUAUCCAUAAAAAAUGAUUUUUUCAUA